AUGACAAAAAAUUGGUUCCUUAAAGUACAUCAUGUUGUAUCCGUUGUAUCCGUUGCGUUCAUCGGAUGCAAAGGAAAAAAAAUCUUCCAUUUGGGAGAGAGUUCACUCGAAUUUGAUUUUUGGAACGAAUGCCUUCGACAGUCGAAAAUCUUUGUUAAGCUUUUUUUUUUUUCUUGGGCCAGCGCUAAACAAUGCUUCCAAUUCAUCUUGCCGAUUUUUUUCCUUGCGGUAGUUGAUGAUGAAUUCAAGAUCAUCUUGCACGUUAAAAUCUUCUGUUGUCGUUCCCCUGAGGCUGUAGCUGAUUAUCUGAUCACACUUGAUGAUGAUCAAACAAAAUAA